UUUUAUAUGCAUACAAUGCCCAACAAGAUCCUCGUGGACGAAGACUAUUUCCUGUUGGAGUCUGUUAAAUCUGGCAAAGAAAAACAGGUUCGGUCCAUCUUAUCCAAUGGGAAUUUUAAGUAUGUAGAUUACGUGGACGGGUUCGGACGCACUGCCCUCCACUGGGCGGCCGAGUACGGCUACGUGAACAUUGUGUAUUCACUGGUGGAAAAUAAAUGGGACUACAACGCCACAGACAACAAAUCGCAGACCCCGUUACAUAUAGCGUGUAACCACUAUGGUAGUGACAUUGCAUCAUACCUGAUCACAUGUGGAUGUGACGUCAAUAUUUUGGACAAUGCUGGAAAUAGUCCCCUGCAAAGGGCCAUUCACACAAACCUUGAAGAUGUCGUGUAUCUUAUAUGUGAACGAGGGGCUGACAUAAAUGCCAAAACCAAAAAUAACUGGACAGCUCUUCAUGAAGGAAUACGGGUUGGAAAUGAGAAUAUAGUGCGCCGAUUGAUUAAAGAUGGAGCAGACGUCAACGCUGUCACUCAGUAUAAAGCAACGCCGUUUUCUACUGCGAUUUUCUACUAUCGUAUCUCUCAGAGACAUGCAUAUAACUGUCUGGACUCCUUUGCUAAAAUGUUGGUUGACAAUGGAAGUCGUUUAAGCCAGUGUGAUGGACAAUGGUCACCUCUUAUGUCCUCCAUUUCUCUGGGAAACAGUUAUAUUGCUGGACUACUGUUAUACCACGGGUGCCAAAUUCCCACGCUAGAUCAGUAUGGACGAAGUCCACUUGUAGACGCUUUUACAAGAUGUGACCCGACUGUUCUGAAACUGAUGGUCUUGUGUGGCUACCAGUUGACCAUUGACGAAGUGGAGCAGUGCAAUAGACGUAUUCCGACAUUUUCAAGAUCUUUCAGACGUUUAGCUUUCUCAGGGAUUGAUACUUCAACAAAUGGAGUCCAGAUGAUGGCGUGGCUUAGAGAACGAUCCCAUAACCCAAUCUCACUUUCAGAUAUUUGCCGAUUCAGUAUUCGUCAAUCGCUCAACAAAGGUUCGGGAGAUACCUCCAUAUUGGAAAAUAUCAGGAAGCUUAUCCUUCCAACUUGUUUGAAAGAGUUUAUAGCUUUGGAUGAAUUCAGUCAUAUCUGCUGAAUGCCACGAAUGGACGUGUCGCAUGUCGUAGGAGUUGAGAAAGGUGUAACUUGUGGAGUAUGGAUGGCUGAAUAGUGUACUAAAAGUAGAAUAUUUCUUGUGCUACAUGGAAAAAAGAAAUGAUAUAAAAAAGUUUUUGUUCAUUCAUUGAUUUGUAAGCAUGAACAUGUAUAUGUGAAAGACUAUCUAGAUGUCAAGGUGCUUCCCAUUUCGUGUUUCACACUAUGUGUGGAAUCUAGGGGAUCUCAUUACAAUUCAUUGAAAUCCAGUAAUCAAUCAAAUUUAGAAAACUUACAGCAGCUGUAGUCUCCAUUAAUAUGAACGCUUUUAUAGAUUAGCAAUGUUUAUUUAUUUAUUUAUUUUUGGAAAUAAAAGAGUUAAGGAAAGUUA